GGUGGCUGGAGGCUGCUCAUCCGAGGCUUUAACCGUACAAAGGGACUGCCAGGACCUGCGAGAACAGGCGGCGGCGCGGGCUGGGGCGCGGGGGCCGCACCAUGCGCCACUGAGCCGGGCGAAGCCAGGAGACCGAGUUCAGCGGCCCUAGGAGCACCAGCCAGGCGGCGAGGCGGCCACACGCCCCGAGCCAGCGACCCCCGGGCGACGCGCGGGGCCCGGGAGCGCAAUGACCGAGGCGCGAGCGGUGCGGGGCGCGCUCGCCAGCCCGCUGCGGGCGCUCUGCGUCCUGGGCUGCCUGUUGGGCCGCGCCGCCGCCGCGCCGUCGCCCAUUAUCAAGUUCCCUGGAGAUGUCGCCCCCAAAACGGACAAAGAGUUGGCUGUGCAAUACCUGAACACCUUCUACGGCUGCCCCAAGGAGAGGUGCAACCUGUUUGUGCUGAAGGACACACUGAAGAAGAUGCAGAAGUUCUUCGGCCUACCCCAGACAGGUGACCUCGACCAGCGCACCAUCGAGACCAUGCGGAAGCCACGCUGCGGCAACCCAGACGUGGCCAACUACAACUUCUUCCCCCGCAAGCCCAAGUGGGACAAGAACCAGAUCACAUACAGGAUCAUUGGCUACACACCUGACCUGGACCCUGAGACAGUGGAUGAUGCCUUUGCUCGUGCCUUCCAAGUCUGGAGUGGUGUGACCCCACUGCGGUUUUCCCGUAUCCAUGAUGGAGAGGCUGACAUCAUGAUCAACUUCGGACGCUGGGAACAUGGAGAUGGAUACCCCUUUGAUGGCAAGGACGGCCUCCUGGCUCAUGCCUUCGCCCCAGGCCCUGGUGUGGGGGGAGACUCCCACUUUGACGAUGAUGAGCUGUGGACCUUGGGAGAAGGGCAAGUGGUCCGUGUGAAGUACGGGAACGCCGACGGGGAGUACUGCAAGUUCCCCUUCCUGUUCAAUGGCAAGGAGCACACCAGCUGUACGGACUCCGGCCGCAGUGACGGCUUCCUGUGGUGUUCCACCACCUACAACUUCGACAAGGACGGCAAGUACGGCUUCUGCCCCCAUGAAGCCCUGUUCACCAUGGGUGGCAAUGCUGAUGGACAGCCCUGCAAGUUCCCGUUCCGCUUCCAGGGCACGUCCUACAACAGCUGCACCACCGAGGGCCGCACGGACGGCUACCGCUGGUGCGGCACCACCGAGGACUACGACCGCGACAAGAAGUAUGGCUUCUGCCCCGAGACUGCCAUGUCCACCAUUGGUGGGAACUCAGAAGGUGCCCCGUGUGUCUUCCCCUUCACCUUCCUGGGCGUCAAACGUGAUAGCUGCACCAGCGCCGGCCGCGGUGAUGGGAAGAUAUGGUGCGCGACCACAGCCAGCUAUGAUGAGGACCGCAAGUGGGGCUUCUGCCCCGACCAAGGGUACAGCCUGUUCCUGGUGGCAGCCCAUGAGUUUGGCCAUGCAAUGGGGCUGGAGCAUUCAGAGGACCCCGGAGCCCUGAUGGCACCCAUUUACACCUACACCAAGAACUUCCGCCUGUCCCAGGAUGACAUCAAAGGCAUUCAGGAGCUCUACGGGGCCUCCCCGGACACUGACGCUGGCACUGGCACCGGCCCCACCCCGACGCUGGGACCCGUCACUCCUGAGAUCUGCAAACAGGACAUUGUCUUUGAUGGCAUCUCUCAGAUCCGCGGGGAGAUUUUCUUCUUCAAGGACCGGUUCAUUUGGCGGACAGUGACACCACGUGACAAGCCCAUGGGACCCCUGCUGGUGGCCACCUUCUGGCCUGAUCUCCCAGAAAAGAUUGAUGCUGUAUAUGAGGCCCCACAGGAGGAGAAGGCUGUGUUCUUUGCAGGCAAUGAAUACUGGGUCUAUUCAGCCAGCACCCUGGAGCGAGGGUACCCCAAGCCGCUGACCAGCCUGGGGCUGCCCCCUGAUGUUCAACACGUGGAUGCUGCCUUUAACUGGAGCAAGAACAAGAAGACUUAUAUCUUUGCUGGAGACAAGUUCUGGAGAUACAAUGAGGUGAAGAAGAAAAUGGACCCUGGCUUCCCCAAGCUCAUUGCAGAUGCCUGGAAUGCCAUCCCUGAUAACCUGGAUGCCGUGGUGGACCUGCAGGGUGGUGGUCACAGCUAUUUCUUCAAGGGUGCUUAUUACCUGAAGUUGGAGAACCAAAGUCUGAAGAGCGUGAAGGUUGGAAGCAUCAAAUCCGACUGGCUGGGCUGCUGAGCUGGGCCCUGGCUCUCACAGGCCUGCCUCUCUGUCGCCUUCUGCUCACUGAGCUCUGAGCUCCAGGGAGGGACCCAGACAGGCCUGGCAGCCUUCAGCUCUGUAGUUAAUCAACAUUUCACCCCCACCUGGUAAUUUAAGAUUCCGGAGAAUGGCUCUGCCCUGUGCCCAAGGAAAGGUGCUGAGUGUAUCCUUCCCAGGUGCUCCUUCCCCCUCCGUCUCCCACCAGCCCUCCAGAGCCACCCCCAAAGAGAUGCUUUGAUAUUCUCAAUGCGGCCCUGCCUUGGGCUGCCCUGGUGCUGCCACACUUCAGGCUCUUAUCCCUCCACCACCUCUGUGGCUUACAGCACCUUGGGAGCCAACACAGAGAGACUGUCUCAAGAGGGCACUGGUGGCCCAACAGCCUGGCCCGGCCAUGGGCCAGUGGAAUGGGGCACGGCCACAUGGCCAUCCCGAACACUGGCUUCUCACUGCUGGUUGCCUUAGACCCUUCCCUACAUCAGCAGUUUGCUUUGUGUGCACUUUGUUCUUCUCUUCUGAUCUUUGUUAUUUUCCCACUUUGAAACUGAAUUUCCUGACGGAAGGACUCAGGUUGUCUGGAGUCACUGUACAAUGCAACUCAGCGCACAUAGCAAUGGUCCCCUUGUUCACUCUAUUUAGUGCAUCCCUACCCUGUCACUUCCUCCACUGGAUGGAGAAAAACCAAGCUGGCUCCCCGCUCAGCCCUCCCCUCCUCUCCCUUCAACAAUUCCCUAUGGGAAAUGUCAACAGUAUGAAUAAAGACACCAAUUGAG